CAUUACACGGUCAGUUUGUUCGAAAAAUGAAUCCCAUUUCGCUUUGGCUGCCAACUGUCUGUUUUGUCCUACUGCUACUCCGACCAAGCCAAGCUAUUUUCGGAGGAUCGCAGGUAGAUGUCAAGCAAUACCCUUACACAGCCGUAGUCACCUACAAUGGUAGCUACGCAUGUGGUGCGUCUAUAAUUGGCGCACGGUACAUCCUCACCACUGCGACCUGCUGUUACGUCUACUUCGAUGAGGACGUGGCGUUUAUGAAAGUGCGACUUGGCAAUACCGACUAUAACCAAGGUAUUUCGGCCAACGUCACCGAUAUGGGCAUUAACCCUUUUUUCUUCACUCGGCUGUACAUAAACUCCUGCAUUUUAACUCUGGACAAGGAUCUGGACUUUAGCGACUCUGUGCGGGCUGUUCCAGUACUGCCUUGGUUCACCAACGUCACCGUCGGGCAACAGGUGGUGUUGUCCGGUUGGGGUAUCAACUCUACCAACACCACAGAAAUGAGCGAUCGCAUCAAUGCGAUAACAUUGCCAAUCACAGCGGUCAUGGAAUACAACCUGAAUGCUAUCGACCAGGAUGGGAAAAAGGGUGUGUGCCCUGGUGACCUUGGAGGGCCGGCGGUGGUUAAUGGAACCUUGGUGGGCAUUAUCGGUGGUACUACCGGUUCGUGUGGUGAAGUCACCCGGGCCAGCAAUCUGGUUUAUAUAGGCUACCACUACGUGCGGGCCCAUAUCCGUGACGUCACUGGGUUGUAAAGUUGUAGAUUGAGUAAAAAGGUGUUUUUC